CAAGAACAGCAGCCCGCCGCCACCACCAGCCGCAGCGCAUUGUACAGCGAGGGAACGAGACUAGACGAGCACAAAGCAUGCCAAAAAUGAAAAAAUGGCACUUUCUGUUCUGCGGGCGACGUCAAAACGAAAUUCAUCAACAAUGACACAGCUCACCGGUGGCGUGGGUUAAGGGGAGACGAGACAAAAUACUUUACAUAAGUAAAAGAUCCUCUAUCAUGACUACAUGAACCAUCCCUCCCCGAACUACCAAACACCAAUAUAAAAAUGGCAGACGACAACCAUGCCGCACAGCCCUACAUGGUCACCAUUGACGAAAACAUACCCUGGCAAUCACCACACGAGCUCAACACUAUCCCUGCAUACAACUAUCUCUAUAAUAACACCGAAACACCUCCGACGACACGACGAUCACAAUCUACAGCGUCGAUACUACACCCACGAGCCUUUGAAGACAUCUUCUUUGAACGAGCAUACCUCCUGACAACACUAUCCGCCCAGAAACUGCGAGUUCUCGAUUUACUCCAUCGAUACGCACGAGCAGACUUUGAGUUGGCAAACAAUUAUCCCGGCCAACAGAAAAGAAGUCUUCGCAAACGGCGAUCUCUGCUGCGUUGUAAAUGUGACGAGGCCAUCCAGCAAGAAAUGAACCUGUCAGCACGCCUGAACCAGGUGGAAAUGGAGCUUACCAGUCGAGAAGAGAGAAACAAGCUACGCGAGCUUCUUCAACAGCACCCACAGCAGAUAAUCUACAUGGAACCGACACCAAGUUUAGCAUAUAGUACUUGCACUGAGAGUACAUGUGAGACAACACAGUUCAGCCUGCUCGAUGCACGGUCUCCGGAAUUCAUACCGGCAGCGAAGCCCACACUACCAACCAUCUCGAUAACUCAUCCCUCAGAAGAUACAGAAACCCUACUGGACGAAAACGCACCCGAAAUAGCAGUCUUGAGGGACAGUGUCACACAAUCACGGCGCUGGAGCCUUCAACUCAGCAAACCAGAUUGGACAGACGACUGA